AUGUCUUCCGCCUUCGUCCAGCGCCCUGCCCCGGGCUUCAAGGCCACCACCGUCUUCCCCGGCGGCGAGUUCAAGGACAUUAACCUGUCCGACUACCUGGGCCAAUGGGUCGUCCUCCUCUUCUACCCCCUCGACUUCACCUUCGUCUGCCCGACCGAGAUCAUCCAGUACAACGACGCGCUCCCCCGCUUCCGCGCCCUCAACACCGCGGUCCUAGGCGUCUCGACCGACUCCCACUUCUCCCACCUCGCCUGGACCGAGAAGCCCCGCAAGCAGGGCGGCCUCGGCGCGGACCUCGAGCUGCCCCUCGUCGCUGACAAGUCGCACAAGAUCUCGCGCGACUACGGCGUGCUGAUCGAGGACGAGGGCGUCGCCCUGCGCGGCCUGUUCAUCAUCGACCCCAAGGGCGUCCUGCGCCAGAUCACCGUCAACGACCUGCCCGUCGGCCGCAAUGUCGAGGAGACCAUCCGCCUCGUCGAGGCCUUCCAGUUCACCGACGAGCACGGCGAGGUCUGCCCCGCCGGCUGGCAGAACGGCAGCAAGGGCAUGAAGGCCGACCCCAAGGGCAGCCUCGAGUACUUCGCCGCCCAGGGCGAGACCAACGGACACGCCAACGGCAACGGCCAGAAGCGUUUGAGGGUCGACUAA